AUGCAGCAGAAGAAGCAGAAACAGCAGCAGAAGACACAGAUGCAGCAGCAGCAGCAGCAGCAGCAGAAGUGCUGCUGCAGGACGGCGCCUUUCAGCUGUCUCUCAACGAGCUGCAGCAGCUGCUGCAGCUGCCUAUACACCGCAGCAGCUGCGUAUACACCUGAGGGGUGUGUGUGGUUGUUUCUUAGAGCAGAAGUGCUGCUGCAGGACGGCGCCUUUCAGCUGUCUCUCAACGAGCUGCAGCAGCUGCUGCAGCCGCAGCAGCAGCAGCAGCAGCAGCAGCAGCAGCAGCAGCAGGUGCUGCAUGCGCUUGAGUUUCUUACGCAGACAAAAUUCGAUACUUUCUAUUCUCUCCUCAAGUACUGGCCUAGGGGCCCCGGGGGCCCCCGUUCUCCUCUGCUGCAGCAGCAGCUAGCUGUGCUGCUGCAGCAGCUAGCUGCUGCUGUUGUUGCUGCUGCUGCUGCUCUUCCUACUGAAGAAAACCCCCUGGGGAGCUUUGAGUUGCUGCUGCAGCUGCAGCGGCGUGUGCUGCUGCAGCCGCAGCAGCAGCAGCAACCCCACCAGCACCAGCAGCAGCAGCAGCAGCAGCAGCAGCAGCAGGAAGACAGCAGCAGCAGCAAACAUGAGCCAGCUGACGGCAGCAGCGACAAACGGAAGAGACAGAAGAAAGCAGCAGCAGCAGCAAAGGGUAGCAGCAGAACAGCUGCUGCUGCUGCUGCUGCUGCUGCUGCUGCUGAUGACGAUGAUGAUGAUUCUCCUGCUGCUGCAGCAGCAGCAGCAGCAGCAGCAGCAGCAGCAGCAGCAGCAGCAGACAGAAGAGACAAUUUGUUUUCUAUUUUAUCUCAGCUGCUGCAUGCAGCGAAAACCCUUACACAGUGUGAAGGCUGUUCUCUGCUUCUGGGGGAGAGGAGCUGCAGCAGCUGCAGCAGCAGAGCGGCUUGGAGGCUGUUCUCUGCUUCUGGGGGAGAGGAGCUGCAGCAGCUGCAGCAGCAGCAGCAGCUGCUGCUGCAGCUGUUCUUGUUAGGCAUAUCAGUGCAGAACAGCAGCAGCAGCAGCAGCAACAGCAGCAGCAGCAGCAGCAGGAGACAAUGCUUGCCAGCAGCAGCAGCAGAUGCUGCUGCUGUUGCGAAAGAAGGGCUGAGGAGUUUGCUGCUGCAGCUCGACGGACAGCUGAGGCAUCUGCUGCUGCAGCAGCGUGCUGCAGCAGCAAAGGAGCAGCAGCAGCAGCAGCAGCAGCAGCAGCAGCAGCAGGAUGAGCAGCGGGAGACAACAGCAACAGAGUCUGAGCAGCACGAAGAAGACACAGCUGACGAAGAAGGAGACAUAAUUGCUGCUGCAGCAGCAACAGCAAAGGAGACAAAAGAUGCAGCUACACAGCAGCAGCAGCAGCAGCAGCAGCAGCAGCAGCAGCAGGAAGAGUUUAGCUGCGACGAGCUGGAGACGCUGCUAGCAGCAGCAGCAGCAGCAGCAGAAGAGAAGCUGCUGUGGCUGUCUCCCCUGAAGCCUGUGCUGCUGCAGCAGCAAGCAGCUGCAGCAGCUGCAGCAGCAGCGGCAGCAGCAGCAGCAGGAAGAGGAAGAACACACACACGCAGCAGCAACAGCAGCAGCAACAAAGAAACAUACCAGCACCAGCAGCAGCAGCAGCAGCAGCAGCAGCAGCAGCAGCAGCAAUGUAGAUAUACAGAAUGA